AUGGCUUCGUCAGAAGAGUACCCCAAAACCUCAGCCAACAAGCUCGGUAGACUGGCAAAUAGAGGUUCCUACGACUACACCACAAUCCACACCCUCAUAAACGCAUGUCCAAUCCUCCACGUCUCCUUCAAUGACCCCACCCACCCCUUCCCAGUCGUCCUCCCCAUGCUCGGCUGCACCGGCUCCUUUCCCCCCAAUACCUCAUCUGCCUCCUCCUCUUCCCCACCCGACCCCAGUACACCCCAAGACCUCUACAUCCACGGCUACAUGUCAGGUCGCAUCUUUAAAACUUCCUCUUCAUCCACCUUGCCCGGCCUCCCCAUCACCGUCGCAGCCAGUUUUCUCGACGGCCUAGUACUCAGCCUAGCGCCCUUCCACAACAGUUGUAACUACCGGUCUGCGGUUGUGUACGGGUAUGCAGAAUUGGUGCAAGAUGAAGCCGAGGCGCUGUAUGCGAUGACGCUUAUUACGGAUAAUAUGUUGCCGGAGCGGUGGGCGAGGAGUAGGAGUCCACCGACCAAGGCGGAGUUGGCGUCGACGGCGAUUUUGAGGGUGAGGAUUGAGAGUGCCUCAGCCAAGGUUCGUGUUGGAGGCCCAAGCGAAGACCGUGAUGAUUUAAAGAACGCGGAGCUUGUGAAGGAUACUUGGACAGGUGUAGUGCCUUAUUGGGGUACGUGGGGCGAACCGAUCCCUGGAAAGGAAAACGGAUGUCCCGAUGUCGAGGAGUAUAUUGAGGAGUGGAGGGUAGGGGAGACGGGUAAGGCAAGGCAGUAUGCAUUUGCAGCUGUAGAGAUGGAGGGGAAGAAGAAGAGCUAG